AUGAGCGGAAGGGGCAAGGGAGGCAAAUCGCGAGCCAAGGCUAAGACGAGGUCAGCACGUGCGGGUCUGCAAUUCCCUGUGGGUCGCGUGCAUCGCCUUUUGCGUCGUGGCAACUACGCGGAGCGUGUGGGUGCUGGUGCGCCGGUCUACUUGGCUGCUGUUCUCGAAUACCUGGCUGCCGAGGUGCUCGAGUUGGCCGGCAAUGCGGCGCGGGAUAACAAAAAGACGCGCAUUAUCCCACGCCACUUGCAGCUGGCUAUUCGUAACGACGAGGAGUUGAACAAAUUGCUAGGUGGUGUGACCAUCGCCCAGGGCGGUGUUCUGCCCAACAUUCAGGCGGUGCUUCUACCCAAGAAGACCGAGAAGCCGGUCACCAGCAAGGAGUAG